AUGAUUGCUCGUGCAAAUUUGCGUCAGUUGGACACUGUCCUACGAAUGUCCGGUGGACAAAAGGAGGAUAUUGAAGGUUUGCGUGAGCAAUGGAAAUUGCUCUCUGAGCAAGCCGCUUCGCCUAUUCCACAACUGUUGAGUAAGGUGGAAUGUUUUGCAAAUUCCUUGAGAGACUUGCAUGAGACCUCAUCCGCUUCAUCUUUGAACGCGAUGACAGACAUAAAGUCAAAGGAAGAUGUUCGACUAGCUCUCGAGGUGGUAUCGCAAAUCCAAGCUAAGCUCAGCAAGGAGAGGGACGAGUUGAGGUGAGC